ACUGGCAAAGAGCAGAACAGGAAGCAGCGAGGUGGGGCUCGGCCUGUUCUGUUCUUUCUUCCCAUCCUCCGCCUCGUUCACUCUCUCCACAUUUAGUUCUGGCUGUUUGAUUCCUGGCGGGAAGCACAUCCUGGAUUUUGAGGAGGCAGGAAUAGCACACGGUUUUGUCAUCGGCGCUGAGCGCAUGUGAUAGCGUGCGCACGGGGGGGGCAGCAGGGGGAGGUGGUCAAGAGCAAAGACUGAGGUCAAACAUGGCCAGUGAGGAGGUGCUGGAAGACCAGACUGGCGAUCAACCUGCUGACUGUCUCGUUCCUGCCGAUCAGAGUGAUGCCGAGCCAUUGAGUGAUCCAGGCGGGCUGUCGGUGCUCCAGCAGCUUGGUUUGGACCAAAACUCUGACUUUUCAGACUGCAGCGUGCAGCAGCGCCUGGAUGAGCAUCGAGAGAGGAUCCGCAGAGAAAUUCGCAAAGAACUAAAGAUCAAGGAGGGAGCAGAGAACCUGCGUAGAGCCACCACCGACAAGAGGAAUGCUCAGCAGGUGGACUCACAACUCCGCAGCUCUAAGCGCAAGGUGGAGUCACUCCAAGCUCAGCUGCAGGAGCUGGACGCACACAUUGUGGUCAAGGGUCAUGAGGACGACAAAGAUGCCCCCAGAUCUACAGGGUCAGUCAGUCAGACAUCAGCCAAUCAGCAUCGCAUCGCAGCUUUGGAACGCCAGCUCAAUAUUGAGCUGAAGGUCAAGCAAGGAGCAGAAAACAUGAUUCCCAUCUAUGCCAAUGGAGCAACGAAGGACAAGAAGCUUCUCCAGACAGCUCAACAGAUGCUGCAGGACAGCAAGACAAAGAUCGACAUCAUCCGCAUGCAGAUCCGCAAGGCCAUGCAGGCCACGGAGCAGUCUGAAGACAACCAAUGUAAGCCAGACCUGUGUGGGGUUGAGCUGCGUGUGGAGGAGCUGUGGCAUCACUACCGUGUGGAGCACGCCAUGGCAGAAGGAGCCAAGAACAUGCUCCGACUGCUGGGCACAGGAAAGGUCCAAGACAAGAAAGCCAUAGCCGAGGCUCAGUGUGGUCUCAGUGAGUCCUCCCAGCGUCUGGACCUGCUCCGCUGCUCUCUGGAGCAGAGACUGCAGGAGCUGCCUGAGGAUCAUCCUAAAGCCUGCCUCAUCAAGGAGGAGCUGGUCCUCACAUCCUCCUCAGCUUUCAGCUCCCGCCACAGCACCCCCUAUGUACAUAACCAGUACAGCACCCUCAGCAAGCCCUCCCCACUCACAGGUACUCUUCAGGUGCGACUUCUGGGCUGUGUGGGGUUACUGGAAGUUGUACCAGGGCGGAACAGAGGGAGUCCUGUGACUCUUCCCUCUUACUCUCCAGGAGACGGGCGCUCCUCCUUUAAACUGAGUGGCCUCUACAACCGCAGCACGAGCAGCAUGAGCCUCAAGAUCCCCAGCAAGAAUGAGGAACUCUCUUCUGAGGUGAGUGCUGUUCUGAAGCUGGAGAACACUGUGGUGGGUCAGACAGUUUGGAGAACCGUAGGAGAACAGGCCUGGGACCAGACGUUCACUGUUGAGCUGGAGAGAUCCAGGGAGAUGGAGAUAGCGGUGCACUGGAGAGAUUACCGGUCUCUCUGCGCUCUCAAGUACUUGAAACUCGAAGAAUUUCUGGACAACCAAAGACACAGAGUCCAGCUGGAGCUGGAGCCCCAGGGGCUGCUGCUGGCUGAGGUAACUUUCUUUAACCCAGUAAUAGAGAGAGGACGGAGACUGCAGAGGCAAAAGAAAGUCUUUUCUAAGCAGCACGGCAAAGCCUUCCUGCCUGCUCGUCAAAUGAAUGUGGACAUCGCUACCUGGGUCCGCCUGCUGAGGAAUGCCAUCCCUAGUGGGAGCAGCACAGCUGCCUACACACCCGCAUUCACGACUAGCGCACUGACACAGGGUGCAGGCGAGAUCUCAGUGGACAAGCUGAACCUGGACAGCCAUUCUCCUGCCAAAGCUGACAGCGGGAAGGACGUGGUGGAUGCACCCGGGGCACCCGUCAUCGAGCCCCCCUCUGUGCCGGAUGUCCCCGUUCACGAGCAGCCAACCAGACCUCUGUCUCAGAAUUCUAUACGCAGACUGAACCAAGGACCUCUUUGUCUGCAGGAUUUCAAAAUGAUAGCCGUGUUGGGCAGGGGCCAUUUUGGGAAGGUGUUGCUGUCAGAAUACAAACGGACGGGCAUCCUGUACGCCAUCAAGGCCCUGAAAAAGGGAGACAUUGUUGCUCGGGAUGAAGUGGAAAGUCUGAUGUGUGAGAAGCGGAUCUUUGAGACCGUCAACAGCUCCCACCACCCUUUCCUGGUCAACUUGUUUGCAUGUUUCCAGACGCCAGAACAUGUGUGUUUUGUCAUGGAGUACACGGCGGGAGGAGACCUGAUGAUGCACAUUCAUGCAGAUGUCUUCACAGAGCCACGUGCUGUGUUCUACUCAGCUUGUGUUGUCUUGGGUUUGCAGUUUCUUCAUGAUCACAAGAUUGUGUAUCGGGAUCUUAAACUGGAUAACCUGCUGCUGGACACGGAGGGUUUUGUGAAGAUCGCAGACUUUGGACUCUGUAAAGAAGGUAUGGGGUAUGGGGACCGGACUAGUACAUUCUGUGGGACCCCUGAGUUUUUGGCCCCUGAAGUGCUGACAGACACAUCCUACACCAGAGCGGUGGAUUGGUGGGGGCUUGGCGUGCUCAUCUAUGAGAUGUUGGUGGGAGAGUCUCCUUUCCCAGGUGACGAUGAGGAGGAGGUUUUUGACAGCAUAGUCAAUGAUGAAGUGCGCUACCCGCGCUUCCUCUCCACUGAGGCCAUCGGCAUCAUGAGACGGUUGUUGAGAAGGAAUCCUGACAGACGUCUCGGCUCCGGAGACAAAGAUGCCGAAGAUGUCAAAAAGCAGCCUUUCUUUAGAGGCUUGAACUGGGAGGAGCUUCUUCAGCGAAAGGUCCCGCCCCCCUUUGUCCCAUCCAUCAAAGGAAGAGAAGACGUCAGCAACUUUGAUGUGGAGUUCACAGCUGAGCCUCCUGCUCUCACGCCACCCCGCGAGCGUCGCUCCCUUUCCCGAAAAGAACAGGACUACUUCAAGGAUUUUGAUUACGUCUCUGACCUCUGCUAGGGUUAGGGGUCGUAGCUCACUGGGUUGAUAGCUGCCACUGCCAAGGAGAAAGACUGCGAAAACUGAAUGUAUAGUGGAGAGGAACUUGGUGACAGAUGGCGAUAUGCACAGAGACUUCAGCCAGAGGAGGACGACUCGAUAAUCAUGAAGUUAAUUCAGAUUAUGUAUCUAGUGGACGAUGCCGGGAGUCCACAGUGAAAUGUGGAAAAUUAAUAUUUUUCUGGAAUUCACAUAGAGCCAAGUAAUCAGUUGAAAGUGACGAUUCCGAUGGAAAGCCGAGCAUCUUCCCUGAGUUAGUCUCUUGUUCCCUUUAUCUCUUUGCUGCUGCUGGAUGUGUGUUUUUAGCUGUGAAUGUACCGUCACUCUCAAUCACGCACCACUUGCACAGUAACACUUGGGGGAGCCAGAGGAAAGACAUUUUUGAAUCAUGUCAGCGAAAAGCCAGCGGCCGAUCAUCUCCAUGUCGGCUAUUUCCCCAUCUUUAGUACCGCUUCUUAACUACAGUUAUUUUUGAAUGUUAAAAAGCUUUUUAUAUGUUCUUGUGUUUUAUGUUUUCUUCCAAUCUGCAUUUCUUCAGUUACUUGCUGAUCAAAUAUGUUGGAACUGUGACUCAGUAAAGAUGUGAAUCAACACACAAACACUGA